UUAAAAAUCAAUCAAAACAUUCAUCAGUUGAUUGCAGUUGAUUGGGUUUUAGGUUUUGAAACAAUUAUUGGUAUUCGUUUUAAAUUUUACAAUGCAAACAAAAAUAAAAAACGUUACACGGCAAUUUUUUAAAUAUUAUUGGAAUUCCGUUUCUCGAAUUCUCGUCCUCUAAAAAUUAAUCUACUUUUGUCUGCUUCUACGAUUCUACGUUGAAAGUUGUAGUCAACAAACACUUAGCAUAGCUACUCAGUCUCAGUCUGUUUUCAAAAACCUAUCGAAUUUCCCUGCGCACUGUCAUACGUCCUUGGAAUAAACUUUUCGUGAAUCACUGAAUUUCUGAAAAUAUUUAAAAUUCUCUUACUUACUGAUUCAUGAUAUUCUUAUAAAUUGAUCAUGGCUAGAGCAAACUAUGGGGCACUUGCUGAGACUCCAGAAGUGGUAUUUGGUGGUGGCCGCCCACGAAAUCCAAGCUUGGGCAGAUCUGAAUUCAAUCAGCUAAGUGAAACCAUAUCAAGCAACUUAUUCACCAUCCAAGGAAGUGGUUCGAAUUUAGAGAGGGCAUUAAAGUCACUUGGUACUGAGAAAGAUAACCAAGGUUUGCGUGAUAGUGUCCAUGUUAUUCAGAUGAGUGCAAAUCAAAUAGUCACCCAAACAAGUCAAGAGUUAGUGACACUGGCUGCUACUGCCAGGCUAACAGGUGAUAGAAUGUCUCAUCUUCAAGUGGAUCGUCUAAAAUUAGAGUUUGAAAAGUCACUACAGAGAUACAGUGCUCUACAGAAGGAAGUUGCCAACAAAAUGAAAUCGACAAUUCCGUACAACCAUUGGGAAGAGGAACCUACUUCAGACCGCCAAAAUCUUUUGGAAAGGGUGGCAGAGGAAAAACAUCAAAAGCUCAAAGAGCUUAAAGAAGUGGAAUUUGAACAACAAAUGUUAAUAGAAAGAGAACAGCGCAUUCAGCAAAUCGAAUCUGACAUGAUUGAUGUGAAUCAAAUUAUGAAAGAACUUAGUGCUAUGGUCCAUGAGCAGGGAGAAAACAUAAACUCGAUCGAAAACAAUAUAGACCGUACCUAUACACAUGUGGAAGAAGGUCGCCAGCAGUUGGAAAAAGCUUCUUCGCAUCAAAAAGCACAUCGCAAGUGGCUCUGUUUCCUGACUGGUCUUGCUCUGACGAUAGCCGGAAUCGUCAGCUUAGUUAUCUAUCUAGAACUUCGUCCUUCCUAGUCCAGCCACAAUGGCCACGUUAAAAACAAAAUAACUAAUUAUUUAAGUGUCUCCAGUUAGCGCCUUAUUUCUAACCACAUAAAAAUUGACGUGUUUAUAUUACAAAAAAAUUUAAGUAUCCAAUCUUUUGAACUCAGUAUAUGCGUUUUCUAUUCGAUAGCUCGACUGUUUCAUUUCUUUACUUACCCGUUCGGUGACAUCCAACUCCACCGAACUGUGUAAGGCUAAAUCGUAAAUGCUGUUUAAAAAUACAUUGGAAAUUGGGCUUCUA